AAAAGGGCCAACCAGUGGCGCAGAUGGUUGCAAGAUGUCAUUCCUUCCCUUCUUAUACCAUACCUAUCCUACAUUCAGCUAACUUCAGCGCUACGUUAUACAAACGCACCAGGACAACCUCAGCAAGAUCUUGGAGUUUGUAGAGCUGGAUGUAGGACUCGGAGCAUUACAGUUGCAUGUGUGCACUUCGACGUAUUGAAAGAAAUCAACAUCAUCGCAUGCCCUUGUUUCCCUGCCCCCCUCCAGCUCCUCUGUCACGGUCUGUUUCCAUGUGCUCCUGUUGCUCCCUCACUCGCAGUGGACUUACGUGUUUUAGAGUUCGUCCAUCUGCUCUUUGUACAUCAGUCUCCCAACCAAACCGCGUGGUGCGAUGCGGUGGAAACUUUUUUAGAUGGAAUGGGAUACAAGUUGUCAUGCAAGGUUAGCUUUUCAAAUUCUCAUGCAUGCAGUGAUGCUUAG